GCCCCGAGCUCGCCGCACGAAGCCCCCCGGCGCCCACGCCAUGAAGGAGGAGGCCUUCCUGAGACGCCGCUUCUCACUGUGUCCACCUUCCUCUGCCUCGCAGAAAGCCGAGCCCCGGAGACUGGCCCCGAGCCUGCCCUUCGGCGGGGAGAGUGAGCUGUGCCCUCUCAGCCCUGGGAAGGACAUGGAGUCCAACGGCCCGUCGCUGCCAAGGGAAGAAGGGCCCCCGACCCCAGGCUCCGCCACGAAGGUGUCACCGGUGGACUACAGGCUGUGCAAUGGGUCAGACAAGGAGUGUGUGUCCCCGACAGCCAAAGUCACCAAGAAGGAAACUCUCAAGGCACAGAAGGAGAGCUACCGGCAGGAGAAGAAGCGAGCCUCGAAGCAGCUGUUCAGUGCCCUGACGGACCCCAGCGCUGUCAUCAUGGCCGACAGCCUGAAGAUCCGAGGGACCCUGAAAAGCUGGACCAAGCUGUGGUGCGUGCUGAAGCCGGGGGUCCUGCUCAUCUACAAGACGCCCAAGGUGGGCCAGUGGGUGGGCACGGUCCUCCUGCACUGCUGCGAGCUCCUCGAGCGACCUUCCAAGAAGGACGGCUUCUGCUUCAAGCUCUUCCACCCGCUGGACCAGUCCGUCUGGGCCGUGAAGGGCCCCAAAGGCGAGAGCGUGGGCUCCAUCACGCAGCCCCUCCCCAGCAGCUACCUGAUCUUCAGGGCUGCCUCCGAGUUGGAUGGCCGCUGCUGGCUGGACGCGCUGGAGCUGGCCCUGCGCUGCUCCAGCCUCCUGCGACUCAGCACGUGCAAGCAGGGCAGCGACAGGGAGCCCGGGUCUUCGCCAGACGCGUCGCCCUCCUCGCUCUGCGGGCUGCCCCCCUCGACCACCUCCCACGACCAGGACCUGUUCCCGCUGAACGGGUCCUCCCUAGAGAACGACGCUUUCUCAGACAAGUCGGAGAGAGAGCUCGCCCAGGACUCUGACGACGAGGCCCAGGACCACAGCCGGAAGACCAACGAGAGCGGGAGUGACCGAUCGGACGUCCCCGGGGGCCCCGCGCCAAGAGGGACCACCUACGUGGAGCAGGUCCACGAGGAGCUGGGGGAGCUGGGCGAGGCGUCCCAGGUGGAGACUGUGUCGGAGGAGAACCGGAGCUUGAUGUGGCUGUUGCUGAAGCAGCUGCGGCCAGGCAUGGACCUGUCCCGCGUGGCGCUGCCCACCUUCGUCCUGGAGCCCCGCUCCUUCCUCAGCAAGCUGUCUGACUACUACUGCCACGCCGACCUGCUCUCCAGAGCUACCCUGGAGGAAGACGCUUACACCCGCAUCAAGCUCGUGCUGCAGUGGUACCUGUCCGGCUUCUACAAGAAGCCCAAGGGGAUCAAGAAGCCCUACAACCCCAUCUUGGGGGAGACCUUCCGCUGCCGCUGGUACCACCCCCAGACUGACAGCCACACUUUCUACAUAGCGGAGCAGGUGUCUCACCACCCACCCGUGUCUGCCUUCCACGUCAGCAACCGGAAAGACGGCUUCUGCAUUAGCGGCAGCAUCACAGCCAAGUCCCGGUUCUAUGGGAACUCGCUGUCAGCUCUGCUAGAUGGCAAGGCCACGCUCACCUUCCUGAGCCGGGGAGAGGAGUACACCCUCACCAUGCCCUACGCCCACUGCAGAGGAAUCCUGUACGGCACCAUGACCAUGGAGCUGGGCGGCAGAGUGACCAUCGCAUGCAAGCAGAGCGGCUUGCAAGCUGAGCUGGAGUUCAAGCUCAAGCCUUUCUUUGGGGGCAGCACGAGCAUCAACCAGAUCUCGGGGAAGAUUGUGGCAGGGCAGGAGGUCCUGGCGCGUCUCUCUGGACACUGGGACCGGGAAGUGUUUCUCGAGGAGGAGGGGCGUGGAGGCCCGGAGCUCUUCUGGGACCCCAGCGGGGAGGCCCGCGGGCAGAGGCUGAAGCGGCACACGGUGCUGCUGGACGAGCAGACAGAGCUGGAGUCGGAGAGGCUCUGGCAGCACGUCACCAGGGCCAUCAGGGAGGGUGACCAGCACAAGGCCACACAGGAGAAGUUCUCCCUGGAGGAGGCACAGCGGCAGCAGACCCGCGAGCGGCAGCAGAGCCUCACGCCUUGGACGCCCCAGCUGUUCCGCCUGGACCCCGCCACCCAGGAGUGGCGCUACAGACACGAGAACUACAGCCCCUGGGACCCCCUGAAGGACAUCGCCCAGUUUGAACAAGAUGGGGUUCUGCACACCCUUCAGCGGGAGACCCCGGCCCGCCAGACCCGCUUCAUGGGCAGCCCAGGGCCCCGGCGCCAGGGGCCUGGCCCAGACUGGCGGCUCCGCAAGGCCAGUGACCAGCCCUCCGGCCACAGCCAGGCCACCGAGAGCAGCGGUUCUACUCCUGAGUCCUGCCCAGAGCUGUCGGAUGAGGACGAUGGCUUCUUUGCUCCUGGCAGCGAGAGCCCGUGCCCUCGGUGUGGGAAGGAGGCAAGGCGGCUGCGGGCCCUGCACGAGGCCAUCCUGUCCAUCCGCGAGGCCCAGCAGGAACUCCACAGACACCUCUCAGCCAUGCUGAGCUCCACGGCAAGGGCCAGGCAGGCACCGGCCACCGGCCUCCUGCAGAGACCCCGCUCCUGGUUCCUGCUCUGCGUGUUCCUGGCAUGUCAGCUGCUCAUCAACUACAUCCUCACCUAAGAGCCCUUUGGGGCAGUGUGGCCAACCCCUGUGGAACUCGGCCGGCCCCUGCCCCCUCCCUGGCACCAGCACUUUAAACCAGCCCCAGCGUGGCAGAGAGAUGCAGAGCACAGCCGCUGUGGACAGAGGGGCCGCGGCAGCAGGAGGGGCCUGGGGGCGGCCCGGCCCCGCCCUGGGGAGGCACUGCUCUCCCACAGGACCCCGUGCCCAGCGCCGGCCUUAAUGCUCAAGCCAAACGCCACUCGCCAUGCGACACGCUCCUGGUCAUCUCCCUCGCCAUUUCCAGUCCGGGCUCUGCUCGCCACAUGGGAUUGAUGGAGACGGGGAGGAGGGCGUGCCACAACCGGACGGCCACUCCCCAGGGCUGGGUGGGCACGGGGUCCAGGAGCGAACCAGGGGUCCCCAGGGCCUCCUUGGUCCUGAUGCGCAGACUGCGCCGUCCCGAGACCCUGCCCGUGGCGCCCUGGAGGGGACUGGGGUGACACUGGGCUUCUCCGAGGGGGCUCUGGGAGUUUUGUCAUGCCAUUUGGAUGGGAGCCCAGGGUAUUUAUGCACCUGCCACACCUCCCACAACCCCCCAUCACGCCCGAUCGUGCCAAGGCGGUGUGGCCACGUGUGCUCGACGGUGGCUCGGCUGGCUGACACAGGGCUCAUACGGGGAGGCCCAAGUGCGCUGCCUUGCUCAGAAUGAUGCGUGCUCUUCCUGUCCUAUACUUUUUUAAUAAAUGCAAUCGCAAUACUUGAGGCAGGCCGCAAGCAGCGUCUGACGUUGGGCCUCCGCUCCCGAGUCAGGUGCCACGUGUGUGUGCACGUGUGUGUACGUGCGUGUGAACACCCGCACACAUAGGUACACAUGGAGCCUUAAACUAUGUCGUGGCCUCUGAGCCGAUCGCCUCAUUUUCCCGUUUUGGUAUCCAUGUUCUCGUCCACCUCCAUUGAGGGACGUGUCUGUGCUCUGUUCCUUGAGAUAAAUGUCACAUGCUUUGA